CAAAGAUAAACUGAAUUCUUAAUUACCACUAAAGUAGAUGCUAAUGGAUUUUCCUGUUUUACAGCUUUCAUCUCUAACUUUACCUGUAAGUUUAAGACCCCGACAACUUAGAUUCGGCUUUGCUGUUGGGUCCUCGUGUUUCUUUCUUAAGUCUCAGUGACAGCUACAGAAUCUCACAAAGGUUCUUCAUCUGGACGGUGUCCCGGGGAGGGCCCCUGAGGAGCCCAGAACUGUAACCCCGGGAGGACCUCACUGCUGGAACUCCCAGGAAUGCCCGGGUUGAUCCUUAAAUAAAAUAAAAAUCUAUCCCGUAAAGGGCUUUCAUGAAGAAAUUAAAGAGAGGAAAUUACAAGUAAUAGAGAAACUAGGAGUUGUACACUGGAGAAGCCACCUAAAAUAACUGGAGUAAGACAAAACGAGUGAAUACAUCUGGAAGAAAUUUUACUUAGUAUGGUAUUUUUGCCCACUUUUUGGUCAUAAAGGCCGCUAAGGAAGAAAGAAUAUAGUUUUCUAGAGAAAGAACGAGUGUAAUGUAAAAAUGGAAGCCACAGUUUCUGAAAUUCAAGUCGAAAGCAAGGAUGAGAAGAGACCAACAGAAGUCAGUCCUCAAGAUGAGCGGCAGGAGGAAAAAGCAUCAGUGCUUUGCUUCAAGAGAAGAAAGAAAGCAGCCAAAGAGAUGAAGCCCAAAGCUAGCUCUAAAGCUGCUGGUGCAGCAAGAACGGGUCCCCCAGAGGCGGGAGCUUCUGAUCAGCCCCAGGCCCCAGUGGGGGCCUGGGCGUCAAUCAAACGUCUUGUAACGCACAGGAAAAGGUCAGAAGCUUCAAAGCAGCAAAAGCCCUUUGAGGCUAAAGUGCAACCUGAAAUCAGUGCUGAGGAUGCUGAUCUUUCUAGGAAAAAGGCAAAAUCCAGACUCAAGAUUCCCUGCAUAAAAUUCUCAAAAGGAGAGAAAAGAAGUAAUCAUUCCAAAAUUAUAGAAGACUCCGACUGCAGCCUCAGAGUCCAGGGAGAGGCUGAACGUUUGGAUACGGAAGCUCCGACCCAAUCCGAUGAGCAGGCAACCACGCCCAAGUUGCCCCAGGAUGUGAGUAAAGCUGUCUCACAGAAAGGGGGCGAUGAGGUCUGUGAGCCAAAUGGGAGCCACAGCACAACGGCACCUGGGGAAAAAGUGAUUGCAGUAGAACUUGGGUUAGACACGGGGCAUUCUGCCAUUCACACAGGAACUCUAGUCAUUGAACGAGAUACUGAAACAACUGAGGAGAAACAAAGCGUUCAACCCCAGCAAGCAAGCCCACUUGAACCUUCAGAAACACAACAGCAACCCCCUUUGGUUUCUGAUGUUCCUCCCUCACCUGCAGUCCCAGAUCAGCAAAUUGUGGAAGAAGCCAAAAGCAAUAUCCUAGAAAGUGGACCAAAUUGGAAACAGCACGAAAGUGGAGAGAUUGUUGCUGAAGAGAGUGAGCCAAAAGAUACUGAACUGAGCCAGGAAUCAGAGCUUAGAGGAAAUGAGGUCACUGCAGAGAAACCAAAACCAGAAGAAAGCAAAAGAAUGGAGCCAAUUGCUAUUAUUAUUACAGACACUGAAAUCAGUGAAUUUGAUGUUAAGAAAUCUAAAAAUGUCCCUAAGCAAUUCUUAAUUUCAAUUGAAAACGAGCAAAUAGGGGUUUUUGCUAAUGAUAGUGGUUUUGAGGGUAGAACUUCAGAACAAUACGAAACACUCUUAAAAGAAACGGCUUCUUCUCUUGUCAAGAAUGCUAUUCAGUUGUCUAUAGAACAGCUGAUUAAUGAAAUGGCCUCUGAUGAUAAUAAAAUAAACAAUCUUCUGCAGUGACUUAAUUUCCAAAUCAUGGGAGGAAAAGAAAAAAAGCUUAAUGCUGAAUUAUUUUACAUACUUGAGGCAUUUCUUUUUCAGUAACAAAUGAGGGAUUUAUCAUCUGUGGAAUUUAAAGGUACAGUUCCAAUCCAGAAGUGCUAAAGAAUUACGUUUAUAAAACCCUUUCUCCCCCAGAGAUGUAGUCACUUCUGGAUCAGAGGAAGCCCAUACAGAUUGCAAUGCACAGUGACAUACAGGGAGGUGUGAAAAUGACAUGUGGAGAUUGGGGUACUUGGGGGAAGGAAGCUGUAUUAAUUGAGCACUUAUGGGAUGACAUAAACUCUUUACUGUUCUCUGAUGUCACAAAGCCUGGUUUCCCUUUGAUAGUUCGAUCCUGUGUAUAGGUUAACAUCACAUUCGAUUUUCAAAGCUUCCCCCCCCCCCCAACAGUGCACUUUUAUGUUUAAAAUGGUGAAGAAGGUGAGCUAUUUUUGUCAAUGUGUGAUUUAUAGUUGUUACACUCAUAGGCAGUAGUCUUACCUCAAAAAAAUAUUGCCUUUUCUUAGUUUCAGCAGAAUGUGCAUAUUUGAAUUAAACAUGAGUGUUUUUCUAGUCCUGCUUAAAUACUGUACACAAGCCAUUCACAAUUUACUUCAGACAGACAAAUAAUUACCAAGUGCAAAGGUGUAGAAACAGGCAGGGCAUCUUCGCUCUCCAUCUUCUGCCUCCAGCAGACCUGUAUAAAUCCAUUUCUGCAUGGGGUCGUCUACUGAAAAGCUUAAAAACAAAACCUGAAAAGCUAAGCAACAGCAGCAACAAAAAGUGAGAUCACUGUUUUCCAUCCAGGGGAAGGCAAACUGCCCGAGUAACAAAUUAUCACAGAUAACAUAGGAUUCAUCUUGCAGGAUUGCUUCUCUAGAGCCCGUAUUCAUCAACCUCUCCUCAAAGAGGGAACAUGAAUUCAAAGCCUGCCUGGCAGUGAAAGUACUAGGAAAUCAUAAUAACCUGGUGAAAAUAUUGUCCAUUCUUGACCAAGAAGGAGCCAAGUACAUGGUUGAAUAGAAAAAGUAAAAAGUUACUGCUAAAGCACAUUGUAUUUUAAAUGUCAGUAUUCUCUCAUUGUGCCUCUGUGUCGAGAUACCAGUAGCAAACAUUUUACAUGGAUUUCGAAAAGUAACUUUUUCAUCAGUAUUUCCAGUCCAGCUAAUCCCUUACAGAAAAAAAUGAACUUAAUGUAACCAUAAGGGCUUAUUUGCAUUUUAUUCGGUUAUUUAAAUCAUCGAUCUCAUUAAUAAUUACCAUAUUUUUUGAAAAAGCAAUUACAUUUCAAUCUUUCCUUGUGUGAAAUGGCCAUAAUACUACAAUACACUUCCCUACCUCACAGGUAAAGGUUCAAACUGUAGAGUCCCCCACUGUCUAAGUGGCGGCAUUACUCUGAAAGUGGAUGAAGUAUGAAGAGCUCUCCAUUUGAGUUGUAAGGUAUUUGUUAAAGAAUAUUUGUACAUUCUUGGGGAAAAGAGUGUACAUUGGAUGAUUGUAAAUGAUCUAGGUGACUUCCAGCAUUAUUACGUAUAGAAAGUAUGUGCUAAUUUGUCCUAUAGAACCUUCUUUGUUUCUUGCUGUGAGUACAUCUUGAGACCUCUGGCAGAAAAACCUAAUCUGACUUUGGAACUGAACCAAAUAAUGGAUAUUAUUAGCAAGAUUCUUUCCUGAGGUGCAAAAUUAUCCCCCCAGACUUUCCUACCUUCAUGCCUAUAACUUUGGGACCAGAAACCCACAAAAAUCCUUCAAUUUAGCAAUGUGAGCGUGGAUUUUCAAAACACAUGACCCAAGAGAUGAAUUUCUUUUAGUGUACAGUUUUUAAACAUUUAAAAAAGACUGCUAAGUCAUUCUCCCUAAAACUACUCUUUUUCAUUCACUCUCUGUGGUGCUAAUGGACUUGGAUGGCUACCAGCAAAUAUCAGAUCAUAUUUAAAAGUGAACAGUUGUUAGGGGCGCCUGGGUGGCGCAGUCGGUUAAGCGUCCGACUUCAGCCAGGUCACGAUCUCGCGGUCCGGGAGUUCGAGCCCCGCGUCGGGCUCUGGGCUGAUGGCUCAGAGCCUGGAGCCUGUUUCCGAUUCUGUGUCUCCCUCUCUCUCUGCCCCUCCCCCGUUCAUGCUCUGUCUCUCUCUGUCCCAAAAAUAAAUAAAAAACGUUGAAAAAAAAAUUUUAAAAAGUGAACAGUUGUUAAAAACCUGAUCAAAGUUGGUGCAUUUUAACUGUUUUGAAGAAUCCUGUCUUCAUUUACUGCCAGAAUGGCUCAAGCCAAUAUACUUGCAUUGUAAACUUUUUAGUAAUCUCUCAUGAAUGAGCACAGAGCACAGCACUUACCAGUGAUUGAAAAUAUUUUGGAAGGCUUAGGCAUAUUUAUUUGGGAGUUUUAAAAACAGAUACAAGAUAAAUAUGUGUAAUUAUUUUUGUUAAAAUAGCACUUUCUCUAGUCCUAGGUUUCUACCUUUUUUUUCCCCACUAUGGUUUGAUAUAUAUUUUUGGUUAGAAUGUAUUAUAAUUGAUUGUUUCUGCGGUAAGAUGUGUAACUCCACUUGCAUUCAUCUUAAUUGGUUUUUCCUUAAUCUUUCCUACUGAGAAUAUCUGGGGCGUUAAAUAAGUAGGAUUUCAGUUUGAAAAAGGAAUCCAGAAAUUAAUUGGUCUCCAUCUAAAUAUACCUGCCACAUGGCCAAAUCCUAUUAAAAGGAAUUCUAAGGUGAUCCAAACUGUAUUGUUGUAGACACAAGCAGGAGUCACAUAACUUGGAAGUCUCUUAUAAAAUAUGUUUCAUUUCAAUAGUGUUUAUUUUAAGCAAUUCGACCUUACAUGCGAGACAUUAAAUGAAUUUAAGUAGGUUCCUAUUCAAUUCAUAUCCAUUUGACAUGAUUAAAAUGAUCAUUUAAAAGGCAAUUCAAUGACACUACAUUAAUUUUCACUUAAAUGUGCUGUGGUAUAAAUGCUGCUUUUAAUGAACACUUAUUAAUUAGUUGGGAUUCAGUUUGUCUUUGAGUUUAGGAUUUUACAAGGUGGGUUGGUUUAUUGGAUGCUUGUUAAUUUUUUCGGCACAUUAUCUUCCCCCUUCUAAGAGUCCAGUAUUAUUCACUUCGCUUUACAACCCAGUGAAUAUGAAAGCCCUCUUCUAUUUUCUCUAGCACUAUUCACUUAACAUUUUCUCAAAGUACUUUAUAGGGUAUAAAAAUAGUACUGGGUAAUAUCUAAGUGAAGGUAGCAGAAAACAAAAGAACUUUCAAACAGAAAUUAUGUUCCCUGCCUCCUCCUCCACCUCGAAGAAUAAUAAGCAUGUGGCACAAAUGGAGUUCUUCAGAAAAGCUGUCUGCAUAAUUUUCUUUCAAGGCAAUUUCAAGGCAUUUGACAGCACGAAGUUUGUGAUGAUCUUAAUUGGUCUACUAUUUAGUGGAGUCUAAGAAACUCUGAUUUAUUUCUGAGAGAUUAUCUUAUUUCACGAGUAUCUGUGAAAAGCCUUACUGCUAAAGGCCAUUAGUCAUGGGAGGGCACCAGUCAAAUCUGGCUUUUGCAUGCAAUCCAGAGUUAACUUCAUAAAUGUUUAACUUCAAGUUGCCUUAUUUUUUAUAGUUAUGAGUUCAUUUGUGGGGGUGGGGGGUUUCCAGCAGAAUUUUUAAAAUAAUUGUUAGGCUUUAGAACCCCAUUGUUUGGAAAGAUCCUUUUAAUCUCAACUUUAUUCAGAUAUGUAAAGUCUUUCUAAUUUCAUCUGAUACUCAAUACAUCAGGGGUUGACUUUUCUGCCUGCCAUUUCUGAAAAAAAAAUUUUUUUUAAGUCCUCAUUUAUGGUUUCAGGUUCUUUAGGUUCAAAUUCCUAUGAUGUUUCAUCCUGUAACAUAAAGUUUCUUAUUAUGCAGAAUUCAAUCAAUAGUACAUUUUAUGAUACAUUUUUGAAAAAAAGUUCUUGCAAUCCUUAUUUAGUUACAAAAAUUAAACAUAAGGAAGCUCCAUGAAAUUUAGAUGUCCUGAUUAAAUUCAGUUUGGUUCAACAUGUGUUGGGUAUAACAUAUGCCCAACACUGUUUGGUGAAGAAGAUGGGCUCCCAGUCCUCCAAGAGCUCAAGCCAGGCAACAGCAACCACAGGAACUGGGGCAGGGAUUAGGGCAAAGAGCCACAGGCAAUGCAGCACCAUGAGUGCCAUAGAGGGGAGAAUAAAGAGACACUGGUUAAUUUGCCCAGUGUGGGGAGGCGGUCAUCUAAAUACAGGGACAGUUUGAAAGCAUUCAGUUUCUAAAUAGUUACACAGUUAUAUUCAUUAUGAUUUGUGAACAGGUGCAGAAAAAAGCCUGCAUAAUGUUACAUAUUUAUAGUAGUUCUUUGUCUGUAAAAAUGUUAAGUGGAUGAGCUAUUAUGAAAGUAAAAGUUCCAUUUUGUAUUUCUCAUUAAAAUUAGUACUAUAGGACUGUGGAUCAGAUGCUAAUAUUAAAGAAAUACUCUGUAGAAAAAAGGUUUUAACCUGAAUUAAUAUAUGUACUGACUAUUAAUAUAGAAUAAAUGUUAUAUUGGCUCAUG